AUGACGGAAUAUUGCAGACUCUUUAAGGUUAUUGAAGUCUAUUCGCAAGUUGUUACUGGCUCGCUACACAGAAUAACUGGAAUUUUUGAAGAUGGCAACAAGGAUCAAUUUAUAUGUGAAAUUGAAAUUUGGGAAAGGCCAUGGCUUAAUCCAACAGAAAAUUUGACGAUUACGCUUAAAUCUAAAAAAAAUGUAAUCGAGGACAAUGCAAAUUGCAACCAAUAUCAUCGAACAUUCGACGACAGAACGCUGAUAAUUUAUGAAUUUUCAAAGCAACCAUGUCAUCAAAAUUUUCUAUUUAUAUUCACGGUCUUGUUGACAGUUUCUGUACAAACAUCUGGAAAUAUGAGAAUAAAAAUAAAAGUAUUUACAUUGUGUCAAUUUCAUAAAGGAAUAAAAGCUCUCGGGGUCGCUAUUCCCGUCAGAGAUAAUCAAAAGAGUCGUCAGAUUUAA